AUGUCCCACGAGCAGCGCAGACUACCCGUGCCGCCAGCCUGCCUGUCGUCCUCGUCGUCCGUCGGUGCCAACAGCCCUUUCUCGAUCAUCGAAGCUGAUUCCGAGCAGUCGGAGGAUUCGCAGAGCUGUUCGAACAGCACCAAGUCGGUCCGCGAGAGCAUAUUCGACUACGUCAAGGAGAACGGCCGCACCUAUCACCGCUAUGCUUCAGGAUCGUACCUUUUUCCAAACGACGAGCCCGAGAGCGAGCGACUGGACCUGCAGUAUGAACUCCUGAAGGUGCUGUUCGGCAUGCGCGACUACUUCGCGCCAUUGCACGAGCCGCGGCGGAUACUGGACAUUGGGACGGGGACGGGGAAAUGGGCGAUUGAAAUGGCAAGCGAGUUCCCAGAAGCUGAUAUCACGGGCACCGAUCUCUCGCCGAUCCAGCCAGAAUGGGUGCCGGAAAACGUCCAAUUCGUAAUUGACGAUGCUCAAGAGGACGACUGGCUGAUCAAGCCAGAUUCCUACGACUACAUCCACACCCGCGUGCUAUUAGGGAGCUUCGAGGAUUUCCGAGAGGUGGUGAGGAAAUCGUACAAGUACCUCAAACCCGGCGGGUGGAUGGAAUCGCAGGAGUUCUACUCAACGCUUUAUUGCGACGACGGGACGAUGGGACCGGACUACCCAUUUGCAGAGUGGACGCGUACGCAGGAUGCGGCGGCGAUGAACCUGGGUCGGCCUAUGCGUAUAGCAAAUAAGUUGAAGCGCUGGUACGAGGAGCAAGGGUUCGUUGACGUGCAUGAAGAGGUCUUCAAACUGCCCAUCAACCCUUGGCCCAAGGACCCGCAGAUGAAGAUGCUGGGCCGCUUCAGCGAGAACAGCCUACUCGAGGGCAUUCAGGCCUUCAGUUUGGCAUGGUUCCACCGCGGUUUGGGCUGGACCAAGGACGAAAUCGAGGUUUACCUUGUGCAGGUUCGCAAGGCGAUAUCAGAUCGCAGUGUGCACGCAUACCACAAAGUAUACGUGGUCUGGGGACGUAAACCUGAGCCGUGGGAAGUCGAGGCAACAGGAAAGGCCAAAGAAGCCGGGGCAGCGGAGGCAACAACAGCGCCGCAGUGCAGCUCCUGA